AUGGCUGGGAAUACAUUUUAUAUCUAUCUAUCUAUCUAUCUAUCUAUCUAUCUAUCUCAGCCGACGAGAUUUUUAUGGCUGGGAAUAUAUUUUAUAUCUAUCUAUCUAUCUAUCUAUCUCAAUUUUUAUGGCUGGGAAUACAUUUUAUAUCUAUCUAUCUAUCUAUCUAUCUAUCUAUCUAUCUAUCUAUCUCAGCCGACGAGAUUUUUAUGGUUGGGAAAUACAUUUUAUAUCUAUCUAUCUAUCUAUCUAUCUAUCUAUCUCAAUUUUUAUAUUGGGAAUACAUUUUAUAUCUAUCUAUCUAUCUAUCUAUCUAUCUAUCUCAAUUUUCCUUUGGGAAUACAUUUUAUAUCUAUCUAUCUAUCUAUCUAUCUAUCUAUCUAUCUCAAUUUUUAUGGCUGGGAAUACAUUUUAUAUCUAUCUAUCUAUCUAUCUAUCUAUCUAUCUCAAUUUUUAUGGCUGGGAAUACAUUUUAUAUCUAUCUAUCUAUCUAUCUAUCUAUCUAUCUAUCUCAGCCGACGAGAUUUUUUUAUGGCUGGGAAUAUAUUUUAUAUCUAUCUAUCUAUCUAUCUAUCUAUCUCAAUUUUUAUGGCUGGGAAUACAUUUUAUAUCUAUCUAUCUAUCUAUCUAUCUAUCUAUCUAUCUCAAUUUUUAUGGCUGGGAAUACAUUUUAUAUCUAUUCAUCUAUCUAUCUAUCUAUCUAUCUAUCUAUCUAUCUAUCUAUCUCAAUUUUUAUAUAUUGGGAAUACAUUUUAUAUCUAUCUAUCUAUCUAUCUAUCUAUCUAUCUAUCUAUCUCAGCCAAACGAGAUUUUUAUGGCUGGGAAUACAUUUUAUAUCUAUUCAUCUAUCUAUCUAUCUAUCUAUCUAUCUAUCUAUCUCAAUUUUUAUGGCUGGGAAUACAUUUAUAUCUAUCUAUCUAUCUAUCCUUCUAUCUAUCUAUCUCAAUUUUUUAUGGCUGGGAAUACAUUUUAUAUCUAUCUAUCUAUCUAUCUAUCUAUCUAUCUCAAUUUUUUUAUGGCUGGGAAUACAUUUUAUAUCUAUCUAUCUAUCUAUCUAUCUAUCUAUCUAUCUAUCUCAAUUUUUAUGGCUGGAAUAUUUUUAUAUCUAUCUAUCUAUCUAUCUAUCUAUCUAUCUCAGCCGACGAGAUUUUUAUGGCUGGGAAUACAUUUUUUAUAUCUAUCUAUCUAUCUAUCUAUCUAUCUCAAUUUUUAUGGCUGGGAAUACAUUUAUAUCUAUCUAUCUAUCUAUCUAUCUAUCUCAAUUUUGCUUUGUUUUACGGUAUAUCAUCCUCAAUGGGUUAUUUAAUGCUGGAAAGAUUUUUAUUACUGGGAAUACAUUUUAUAUCUAUCUAUCUAUCUAUCUAUCUAUCUAUCUAUCUAUCUCAAUUUUUAUGGCUGAAUACAUUUUAUAUCUAUCUAUCUAUCUAUCUAUCUAUCUAUCUAUCUCAUUUUUAUAUCUAUCUAUCUAUCUAUCUAUCUAUCUCAGUAUAUAUUGGUUUGCUUUGCUUUGUUUUACGGUAUAUCAUCCUCAAUGGGUUAUUUAAUGCUGAAUAUUUUAUGGCUGGGAAUACAUUUUAUAUCUAUCUAUCUAUCUAUCUAUCUAUCUAUCUAUCUCAAUUUUUUAUUUGGGAAUACAUUUUAUAUCUAUCUAUCUAUCUAUCUAUCUAUCUAUCUAUCUAUCUAUCUAUCUCAAUUUUUAUGGCUGGGGAAUACAUUUUAUAUCUAUCUAUCUAUCUAUCUAUCUAUCUAUCUAUCUAUCUAUCUAUCUAUCUCAGCCGACGAGAUUUUUAUGGCUGGGAAUACAUUUUAUAUCUAUUUCUAUCUAUCUAUCUAUCUAUCUAUCUCAGCCGACGAGAUUUUUUAUGGCUGGGAAUAUAUUUUAUAUCUAUCUAUCUAUCUAUCUAUCUCAGUAUAUAUUGGUUUGGUUUGCUUUGUUUUACGGUUAUCAUCCUCAAUGGGAUUUAUUUAAUGCUGACGAGAUUUUUAUGGCUGGGAAUACAUUUUUAUAUCUAUCUAUCUAUCUAUCCUUCUAUCUAUCUAUCUCAAUUUUUAUGGCUGGGAAUACAUUUUAUAUCUAUCUAUCUAUCUAUCUAUCUAUCUCAAUUUUUAUGGCUGGGAAUACAUUUUAUAUCUAUCUAUCUAUCUAUCUAUCUAUCUCAAUUUUUUUAUGGCUGGGAAUACAUUUUAUAUCUAUCUAUCUAUCUAUCUAUCUAUCUAUCUAUCUCAAUUUUUUAUGGCUUGGAAUACAUUUUAUAUCUAUCUAUCUAUCUAUCUAUCUAUCUAUCUAUCUCAAUUUUUAUGGCUGGGAAUACAUUUUAUAUCUAUCUAUCUAUCUAUCUAUCUAUCUCAAUUUUUAUGGCUGGAAUACAUUUUAUAUCUAUCUAUCUAUCUAUCUAUCUAUCUAUCUAUCUAUCUCAGUAUAUAUUGGUUUGGUUUGAUUUUGUUUUACGGUAUAUCAUCCUCAAUGGGUUAUUUAAUGCUGACGAAUUUUUAUGGCAUGGGAAUACAUUUUAUAUCUAUCUAUCUAUCUAUCUAUCUAUCUAUCUAUCUAUCUAUCUCAAUUUUUUAUGGCUGGGAAUACAUUUUAUAUCUAUCUAUCUAUCUAUCUAUCUAUCUAUCUCAAUUUUUAUGGCUGGGAAUACAUUUUAUAUCUAUCUAUCUAUCUAUCUAUCUAUCUAUCUAUCUAUCUCAAUUUUAUUUUGGGAAUACAUUUUAUAUCUAUUAUCUAUCUAUCUAUCUAUCUAUCUAUCUAUCUAUCUAUCUCAAUUUUUAUGGCUGGGAAUACUGUUUUAUAUCUAUCUAUCUAUCUAUCUAUCUAUCUAUCUAUCUAUCUCAGUUUAUCUAUCUAUCUAUCUAUCUAUCUCAAUUUUUAUGGCUGGGAAUACAUUUUAUAUCUAUCUAUCUAUCUAUCUAUCUAUCUAUCUAUCUAUCUAUCUAUCUCAGCCGACGAGAUUUUUAUGGCUGGGAAUAUAUUUUAUAUCUAUCUAUCUAUCUAUCUAUCUCAAUUUUUAUGGCUGGGAAUACAUUUUAUAUCUAUCUAUCUAUCUAUCCUUCUAUCUAUCUAUCUCAAUUUUUUAUGGCUGGGAAUACAUUUUAUAUCUAUCUAUCUAUCUAUCUAUCUAUCUAUCUCAAUUUUUUUAUGGCUGGGAAUACAUUUUAUAUCUAUCUAUCUAUCUAUCUAUCUAUCUAUCUAUCUAUCUAUCUCAAUUUUUAUGGCUGGGAAUACAUUUUAUAUCUAUCUAUCUAUCUAUCUAUCUAUCUAUCUAUCUCAAUUUGUAUUGUUGGUAUUUUUUUUAUCUAUCUAUCUAUCUAUCUAUCUAUCUAUCUAUCUAUUGGUUUGGUUUGCUUUGUUUUUACGGCAUAAAAACCACAAUGGGUUAUUUAAUGCCGGCAAAAUUUUUAUUGAUGAUUAUAUUUUUUAUCUAUCUAUCUAUCUAUCUAUCUAUCUAUCUAUCUAUCAAUUUUUAUUGCUGGUUAUAUUUUUUCUAUCUAUCUAUCUAUCUAUCUAUCUAUCUAUCUCAUGCGCCUCUCUCUCUCUCUCUCUCUCUCUCUGUCUCCCAUCCUGGCACUACAUUGAACUCCCCACUACCAAGUGACUUCGUCUUCGUUUGA